AUGAUCAAUAAGACAGUAAAAGACACUGGCCAGCUGGACAAAUCUAGCAUUUAUUUCCAUCGGCGCAAGGGCAAAUGGUGUCCGUCGCGGCGCGAGUGGUCAUCGCCACCAGAUGUCGCGAGACGCGUCUACUCCUCUGUGUUCCUGGGCAGCCCUGGUGAGUAUCCAGGCGAUGCGAGUAAUGCUAGUAUCGGUUCAGGAGAAGGAACGGGGGAAGAAGAUGACGACACGAAUGGUAAGAAGAACCAGAAGAAAAGAGGGAUCUUUCCAAAGGUAGCGACGAAUAUUCUGCGGGCGUGGCUAUUUCAACAUUUAACGCAUCCGUACCCUUCGGAGGACCAGAAAAAGCAGUUAGCACAGGAUACAGGGUUAACGAUACUACAAGUCAAUAAUUGGUUUAUAAAUGCAAGACGUAGGAUAGUUCAGCCAAUGAUCGACCAGUCAAAUAGAGCAGUGUUUCCCCAUGCGGGUCCGAGCGGCGCCUACAGCCCCGAAGCGACCAUGGGCUACAUGAUGGAUGGUCAGCAGAUGAUGCACAGGCCGCCGACUGACCCCGCCUUCCACCACGGCUAUGCGCAGUAUCCCGCCGAGUACUACGGACAUCACCUCUAA